AACAGAGGCAUCACAGUGCACCCGCCUGUUGGAAGCGAUCCUAUCCCUGCUAGAUGUAUAGAAGAAUGUCCCUGGGGAAACCUUAGGCGGACAAGCACACCUUUUGGCCCAGUCUCGGCUCUUUGGGAAGCAGUCAACUAUGAGGCUCCAUUAUCUGCUAUUUGCAUUCCUCAUCUUGUUCUUGGUGCCUGCUCCAGGGGAUGGAUUCAUUGCAAAUGGACUCCGAAGAUUCUUCUGCCGAAUAAGAGGCGGCCGGUGUGCUGUGCUCAACUGCCUUGGACAGGAAGAACAGAUAAGCAAAUGUUCGAACAGAGGUCGAAAAUGCUGCCGAAAGAAGAAGAAGUAGGAUGCCCAGAUACAAAACGAGAAUGUCGUCCUGUGGCGGAAGCGGUGGUGGCAGCGGUAGGGGAGGGAGCUUCUUGAGGGGUGUACAAAAGUACAAUCAAAUUAAUAUAUAUAUUUUUUAAAAAAACAGCAGCUUAAUAUUUUUGAAAAUUCUAGUCAUUGUUAACAAAAUGGACAACUAAGAAAGUCAUUAGACUCAAUUUGGUUUGAAGGAAGCAGCAUCUCUGCCGUGGUCUACAAGACACUUAAGCUUAUUUUCCAAGGGCCAAGG